GUUGGGGUCACUUGCGUCUUCCCCAUUGAUCUAGCCAAGACCCGACUACAAAACCAGAGAAAAGGACAACAAGUCUACAAGAAUUUGAUGGAUUGUCUGAUCAAAACAGUACGAUCAGAGGGCUACUUUGGCAUGUACAGAGACGUGGGUCCCCCCCUGGGAUAGUGAAGGCUAGCCGAUUUAAGGCGCAGCCACGCUGGAGGCAAAUCAUUUAUCAUGGUUCUUACCACUCCGCUCUAUUUUGAUUAGGCACAAAGUGUUUUUAUUUGUUGAAAAUAUUUAUUUGCUCCUUGUUUUCUUCAUAGCCUCUGAAGUUUGUGGACUAUCAUCUUCUUGCACUGUCCUUUCUUACUAACUCUUAGCCAUGUCCUGCAAAACUAAGCUCCACUCUAACAGUCUUUCACUGUUACUUACAAUUAUCAUUUUCUAUCUGUCUGUACUCCAUUCUAUUCUGCAUCUGUAACUGUGCCUUGCUGUGGAAGGCCAUGGGAUCUUGAACUAGACAUAGUCAUUGGGUGUUUUUUUUUUAUUUUUUUAUUUUUAUUUAUAAAUAUGCCUGCCUUCUUGGUUUACCUUCUCACCAUUUUCCUUAUUCUUUCGUCUAAUGUAAUGUGUUUUUUUUUUUUUUUUUUUUUUUUUUUUCUUUUUUUUUUUCUCCCUUCUAAGUUCAGUGUUUUCAUUAUGCCAGAUCCCCCGCCAUUAUCAUUCCUUAAUUUUCACUUGAACUUUGCUCACAUUCAAAUACUGACUGUUUAUUGUUAGUUUCUGUCUUUAUUUGAUAUGGUCCUCUAUUGUUUUGUUUGAUGGUGGUGGGGAAUGGGUGGUAUUUUUGUUUCUGAAAGCCUGUGUGGCUGUGGUUUUGUUCCUUCAGUGUUGAGUAACCCUCUCUGUUUUUGUUUUUUAGGUGCUGCAGUCAAUCUUACUCUGGUCACACCUGAAAAGGCCAUUAAGCUGGCAGCGAAUGACUUGUUUCGACACCACCUUGCCAAAGAUGGGAAGGGGUUAACAGUGUUUAAAGAGAUGUUGGCAGGAUGUGGAGCAGGCAUGUGCCAAGUCAUAAUCACUACUCCCAUGGAGAUGCUGAAAAUUCAGCUACAGGACGCUGGAAGAUUAGCUGCCCAGCAGAGAAUGCCUGGUAUCCUGGCUUCCAAUAAAUUGGCACCAACAAAUGCUGUGCUGAGCCGGUCCUAUAAUGUGGUGCCUAGCUCAUCUGCCCGGGCUGUAUCUGCCACCCAGAUUGCAAAAGAGCUGCUGCACACUAAGGGUAUUCAGGGCCUUUACAAAGGCUUGGGAGCUACUCUCAUGAGAGAUGUGCCUUUCUCCAUUGUCUACUUCCCUCUUUUUGCUAAUCUAAACCGAUUGGGGAAGCAGUCAGAAGAUGAUGUGGCGCCAUUCUAUUGGUCGUUUGUGUCUGGCUGCGUAGCUGGCUCCACUGCUGCAGUGGCGGUUAACCCCUGUGAUGUGGUGAAAACUAGACUGCAGUCUCUGAGCAAAGGAGCAAAUGAGGAGACAUACAGUGGUGUACUUGACUGUGUGAAUAAAAUCAUGAAGAGAGAAGGGCCAUCCGCAUUCCUGAAGGGAGCAGGCUGCAGGGCACUAGUCAUUGCCCCCCUGUUUGGCAUUGCACAAGUUAUGUACUUUGUUGGAGUUGGAGAAUUCCUUUUAGGCCAAAGCCCCUUUAACAUUCUUUCUCCUUAAGUAGUCUCCAGGACUUCCUCCAGUCUACUUACUGUUCUGAUGAAGACACAAAAUACACUCAAGUAUAAAGAUCAAGUUAUCAAGACUUUUGACAGCUCUGCUGUCUGUAGCUUCUUGAGCAGUCUUCUGGCCUUACUGCACUUUCUGUUUGGUGUACUGGCUUAUUUAUGGGCUGUGGCCAACAUUUUGCACUUGUUGGUAAGGGCUUUUUCCAGAAGUGGGUGCUUGAGUUGGUGCUCUACAUCCUUUCAGAAGGAUCCAGCAUUUCCCCUCAGUGAGGGUGAAUGGUGUCAGCAUGAGGGCACCCUGUUAAAACACAAUGACUGAAGAUAUUUGUACUCAGUUUCUUCUUCUGUACAAUGUGUGUGUUGUCUGUUAUUUCUCUGUGUUCCUGACAGAUGUGUGUUUGACUUCAUAAUGCAAUUUCUUUUUGUAAGAAAUAGCUUUUGAUUUUUUUUGUAAUGGUAUUAUUUUUACAUGGUCACUAAAAGUCAAAAGCUUGUUUCAUUACACAGAAAGGUUUCUGCUUUUGUUAAGUGUCACAGGGGGUACAGGGAUGUUUUUGGUGAAAUUUCAUUGGUCUUAUAUCUUCAAUUUCCAUACCAUGCAUCUGAAGUGCGUGGACCAGCUUUAGCAAAAUUUUUUGCUAGAAGGCUCCUGUAGCCAUUUUAGGACUUCAUCCUGUUUUCUUCUGCUGUUAAAUUUCCUUGCAUUGCAAGCCUUUUAAAAAUAGAACAGCAGUGACUAAAACUGACACAAUGGAACACGUUCAUGUAAGAAAUUUUAGUUACAAAGAUGAAGUGGUGCUUUUGAGUGGUUUACAUCUACUAUAGGAGAAACACAUAGCUGUUUAUAUUACAUCAGAAUAGACCAUGUGUGCAUAAACAUUUACAUUCUAGCUACCAGUGGCCUACCACUCAGAUUGCUGUAAGGUUUUCCCAUUGUUACCAUUCAGCAUUUUCAAUCUAUGCAUCAUUAAAAGGUAGCAGUCUUAAACUAUUAGUUCAUUUUGUACUGUGAUAUGCAUUUGCAAAACAAUAAAUGCAUAAGAAUUGUG